UCCACACUAAACUUUCUCAUUUUCAUUCUCAGCUCCCUACCUUUUGCUUUUCAAUUAUCAUUCAACAAUGUCAAUUUCCACCGAUGUCGCAUAUGGUCCAUUGGGACACAAUGGUGGUGGGUUUUGGAGUUUCCGACCUAAGAAUAAGAUCAAUCAAAUUGUUAUUUCAUUUGGUGGGCGCGGAAAUAACAAUCCCAUUGGUAUAACUUUUUCUGCCACAAAGAAUGAUGGCUCAAAGGAUACACUCACAAUUGGUGGAGGUGGGACAGAAACCAACGUCACGCAUAACGACACGAUUAAUAUUGAUGGCGAGGAUGAAUACCUGACUGAGAUAAGUGGAACGUUUGGAGCUUUCGCAAGUAGCGACAAUGUGUUACGAUCUAUAAAGUUUACUACCAACGCAAGAGAGUUUGGGACGUAUGGCCCCAAUGUUGGAACACCUUUCAACUUCCAGGCUCAGAAUGGUAAUAAGAUUGUUGGGUUCUUUGGGCGAUCUGGAUAUUAUAUUGAUGCUAUUGGUACUUAUAAUGCACCUGAUUAUUAAGUGAUUAUAUCGUUACUCUGAAGCUUAAUGCUCAAUUGGAACACCUUUUAUGUUUUGGAUGUCAUGUUGAAUAAGUUCCAAAUGGCUUGAUAACGUUGUACUGAGCGGUGCAUGUUUUAUGUUUCUCAAAUAAUAUGCUCUCAUGUGUGUGAGCAUAUUAAUAAAUAAUGUUGCCCCUAUUAGGUGUAUAAUAAUAAUAUCCUGUCCUUUUAUUCUA